CUUCUGACGAUACAAUGGCAGGCCGUAGAGAUCGCUCUAUUCUCCAUGGAACUCGCGAUGAUCAAUGCCGGGUUUGGUCGCCACAUAGAGACCUUGGAGGUCGACAAGAUCUUAUACCUUUCCAAAAUGAAUUGGGCUAGAGACUUUGUCUAUGAUACAGCUCUAUUUCUGAGCAAGCUUGCUGCGCUUUUGUUCUUGGCUAGGGUAUUUCCUCGCGCUUCAAACACUAGGCGGUUUAAUUACGCUCUCUGGACAACUCUUGGCCUGAACGCAGCUUGGCUUAUAGGUAUCUACUUUGGAACCAUCUUUUUCUGUUGGCCCAUAUCAAAGAACUGGAUGACAACAGAGUCUGGGUACUGCGGAACGCAGUUCAACCUUUUAGUAGGGAGUGCAGUCCCUAGCGUGGUCAUCGACCUCAUCAUUCUUAUCCUCCCGUUGCCGAAGCUUUGGCAUCUCAGGAUCAGUCGAGUAAAGAAGGUCGGAUUGAUGUCCGUCUUCAUUCUUGUCGUUGUUGUGUCGCUCGGUCGUCUCAUUACUAUCACGACCCAACUUGAUGCAGUAGCAGCGGACUUUACUUACGCUCUUAUUCCUACCUAUUACUGGGUAUCGGCUGAAGUCCCAGUCACUAUCGUCUCGAUUUCCCUUCCAGCCAUGUUACCUCUCGGCCGUCACCUAAGCAGUAACUUCUUCACCCCACUGGCAUCAAUUGUAUCUUCUUAUAUAACGACC